AUGGACGUGAAGCGGCUGCUGUGGGAAUCCAAGCUGGCGGUGGCGCUGUGUCUGCUCAUCAUGGCGCGUUGUGUGGACCGCGUGCUCUACACACGAAUCACGUACGACUACACCGAGUUCCUCUGGUACUUCACGAACGUGAUCCUGCCCAUCGCCUUCCUCGUGUCCUCGGCUCCUGUGGUGGCAUACAAGCUCUACUUCACGGAUGACAUUACACCGGAGAUGCGUGAGUUCCCGCACUACAAGUACAUGCUCAUGGCGCUGUUCGACACGCUCUACAACCUGCUGGGCGCGUUCCCCACGCCUCACAUCGGGGGGAACAUGGCCAAUGUGCUGAACCAGCUGAAUCUGCCGUUCAACAUGCUGCUGUCCUACAUGUUCUUGCAGACACGUUUCAAGCGCGGCCACAUCCUGGGCUCUAUCCUUGUGCUGUACGGCGGCAUGGUGAACAUGAUUCCUGUGCUUACGGGUCAGGAUAGCGCCAACACCCCGGACCCAAGCGCUGGUUGGAUCAUCCUCUACAUUGUGUCCCUGGUGCCCGCGGCAGCAUCGAACGUCUACAAGGAGAUCGGACUCAAGGACGUGGAUCUGGACAUCUGGUACGCCAACAUUUGGAUCAGCUUUUACCAGCUGAUCAUCGGCUUCGCCACGAUCUGGACCGUGCGUAUCAAGGCGUUUAGCGACCCGCCUGUGCCCUGGGGUGACUUCCCGUCGUAUGUGGCUAAGGCUCACGAGUGCUUCAUUGGCAACGAGGUCGAGCUGAAUGGGGAGGUGCUGCCCUGUGACUCGGGUGUGCUGGAGGUCUUCCUGGUCUUCAUCGUGUUCAACACCAUGUACAACCAGCUCAUGCUGUACAUCUUCAAGGAAGGCAGCAGCGUGCUGUUCGUGGUGUCAUCCGCCGUGGGUCUCCCGCUCACCGACCUGCUGUACAUGAUCCCGUUGCUCACGGGCAAGUUUGCUGGCCAGGCUUUCACUAUUUACGACGGCUUCGCGCUGUUCGUGCUGGUGAUGGGGUUGCUCGUGUACCAUUCGGAGAAGGAAGAGCGCAAGCGCGGCACCGAGUCGGUGGAGAAGUCGCCCAUGUAUGCGUCGCCUUCGUUGCAGAAGACGCACCUCAUGCGCAAGCGUCGUGGCAAGGUGGUGUACCGUCAGAGUCCGAUGAUUCGCCGCACGGGAAGUGGCAGCGAUAUCUCGCAGCGGCUUUUGGGCCGCAAUGCCCCGGGCAAGAACAGCACGUACGGCACCAAUGGCAGCGGCAACGCUGCGGCGCGCCAAACGGGCAAUGAUGGGUAUUACCCGUAGGGCGUGCGAUUCGUCUGUGUUGAAGAGCUACACGAUGUAGCUCAUGGUCCUCUUCCUUCGUCUCGCAUCUCGCUUAAAUAGAGGGUUAAAAAUUGGCAAUG